UCGGCGUGCCAGAACGUGCCACCCUUUUUUAUCUGGACUGGAUCUUUGGCGAUCCCUCUCCGUCUGCUCCUCUCGCCCGGCAAGCCCAACAACUGGCCGUCCACGCUCGCAACUGGGGAAGGCCGCACCCGCCUCCCCCUCCCCCUCCCAUCCCUCCCGGCAAGUGACACUGACACCACCGAGCACAGCGAGGUUGCCAUCCUUCCCUUUCAUCCCCUAGCUGAGAUCGACGAACAGGGCAGCGGCAGAAGCUUCCGCGUGGCGGCGUGUGCGAUGGGGAUCCACCUGCUGGGGGUCUUGGCGGCGAGGGGCUUCCUGCAGGUGUUCCAGGUGUCGGCGCCGCUGCUGUGGCCGCUCAACCUGUGGAUGCCGCUGGCGCGCCACCUGUCCGAGGCCUGCGCCGCCUUCUACGGCGCGCUCUUCUCGCACGCCGCCCGCCUGCGCGCCACCGUCCGCCGCCGCCGCCGCGGGGGCGAGAGCCUGCUCGACGAGUACUUACGCAACGCGCUCCUGACGACACCCUCGGACUGAUCCGAGCCGAGCGGCCGGACAACAGGGGUGGCGCUCCUCCCGAUCCGUGAGUAGCCGAGCAGGUAGCUUGGAUUUGCUAUUUCCCUUCGUUUUUUCUUCUCGCUGUUCUUCCUUGCCGUGCUUUGGGUGCUUCACUGCUUACUCCAUUGUAGGCAGUGGGAGAUGCUCUGUGUUGUGAAGAAAACAUCACGAUUUGCAAAUACAAACGCCAUUUUAAUCGGCAUCGAGCUUCUAGCAGGUUUACAUGUA